AUGCCUCAACAACCACGCCACAACAUCCACCGACGGGGUCAAUCGUUCGAUCUUCAACGAAGCCCCAUACGGAAGCAACAGCAAGGCAGCAUGGUAAGUAUGACUAACCUCGGACCAAUCCACGGACAACAAAUUUUGCGGGAAGCGCAGCAGCAACGAAUAGCAAGACCGGGCCAGCAACAUCCAAAUAUGACCAUGGACAUGCCUAUCUCUCCUGAGUGCGGCAUGUUCCCGGUGACCACUUCAAUUCCACAGUCACCGUACGACAACAUGAGAAUGAAUGCAAUCAUGCAACAGACCUCUCCAGGCAUGACCUUUUCGCAUUCCCAACAAUACUUUACCGACCUCAAUGUGCAAAUGCAGACUGGCGGUCCAACGGGACUCAUGGAUGAGAAUAAUGUCCAGUACUUCCAUGAGGCUCCAGCACCCCAGUUUCAACACGGUGUCGGUAUUUCCUUCGACAAUCGAAGAAUGUCGCAACCUGAUCUGCGGGUACAGACCCAGUUGCGACCUCAUACACCUUCACAUCAAAUCCAGACUGCACAACUCCCUCUCACACCUCCCUUCAGUCAACAUAACCCAGCCAUCCAAUACUCACGUUCAUUACAAGCAUCACCAGCCCUUCAGUCACCCUAUCCAGUGCCCAUGGCACGAGGCAAGUCCCUGCAAGGAAUUAUUGAGCACGAAGAACUCUCAGCGGAGCCCAUAGGAGCACCGACCAGAUCUUUGUUUGAGAUGGCUGAUAUGCCCGUGCCUGAACCUCGGAGACGGGCUCAGUCUCCCCCAGUGGUUGGGCAAACGGAGCCAAGGAAGGUCAAGGUUGAAUCGACUUCCGAAGAAGCAGAGCUCGUUCCAAAGCUCGAAGACACGGCUGUGCCGGACCUUUCGAACAUAAAGGCACCGGCUGGCAGCACUUCGCCAGGCAGGCCGGCUCUGUCGCCUCGACGGAUGUCGAUCUCAGAUCUCAACCUGGAACCCGGCAUGGAGGCAUCAAUUGAGGAAACAAACAUCACGCUGGAUGACAUUGCACAGUUUAUCCGUGGUCCAGAUCCUGUGGACAACAAAUGGGUCUGUCAGUAUGAGCAUUGCAACAAGAGAUUCGGCCGGAAAGAAAACAUCAAAUCACAUAUCCAGACCCACCUUGGUGAUCGUCAGUUCCGAUGUGACCAUUGCAAGAAAUGCUUUGUCCGAGGUCAUGAUCUCAAGCGCCAUGCCAAAAUCCAUACCGGGACAAAACCAUAUCCUUGUCUCUGCGGAAAUUCGUUCGCUCGCCACGACGCAUUGACUCGCCACCGACAGAGAGGAAUGUGUAUUGGUGCGUUUGAAGGUGUCGUCAAGAAGGUGAUGAAGCGCGGUAGACCCAGGAAGCAUCGACCGGAGAUGGACGAACGUCUGGACAAGGCCAAUCGAACCAGGCAGAGGACCACCGAGCAAUAUCCCGAUCCAUACACGUCUUCUGCAUCGAGCUGCUCUUUGUCAAGCUGGGGCUCACCACCAACGGAAACCAUGGACAAUCUGAGCAUCCGUGGAACGUCACCUUUCGAGAACAUGGCGCUCUUUGGUGUGCCACAGCACAAUCUCCUGAACAUGGAUCAAAUGAUUGGCUUUCCUCCCGACACGUUCUCCUUCACGCCGCCGCAUAGCCCAGGAUAUUCCACAGGCAACAAGCCCAGUCCCGUCUACCGCGAGCUGACACCGGCAGAGCUCGGCGAGAUUCCAGAGCUGCAGCACAGUGACAGAUCACAAAUGCUACCAGAACUCCCGGCCUUGGACAAUGGCUUGCCAAUGUUGCGUGCCACCCUGAACGUCUCGGCAGAACAGAGUUUGCCGAGUCUUUCACACUCGUGCUCAUCACCCGCUGCUGAUAUGGCGGCUUUCGAUUUCUCGGACCUACCUACCAAUCCUGCCUCAGUCAUGCAUUCCCCCCAACUGCCCAUGAAGAUGGAGCAACAGGAAAGGAAUGAAUUCGACAACUUCCUCGACUAUAGCGGGAUGCAGAUGGGACUGGACCCUUCAACUCAGGAUUACUUCUCCAUCUGA